AUGCAGAAGAACAUAAACUACUUAGAAACCAAAGGGAACAACAAGGAGAAAACUAGGUGCAUAGAGAGAGGACUGGCAACGAACAGCACAGAUGAGGAUGAGCAAAGCAAAACACUGCAACUGCAGCAGCAGCAGCAGCAGCAGCGUGGACAGCUGCAGGCACAGCCACCACAGCUUGACAUAAGAAGUACUCGGUGUAUGUUCUCUAGACCUUUUAGGAAACAUGGAGUCGUUCCUUUGGCCACACACAUGCGAAUCUACAAGAAGGGUGAUAUUGUAGACAUCAAGGGAAUGGGCACUGUUCAAAAAGGAAUGCCCCAUAAGUGUUACCACGGCAAAACCGGAAGAGUCUACAAUGUCACCCAGCAUGCCGUGGGCAUCAUUGUAAAUAAGCAAGUUAAAGGCAAGAUUCUGGCCAAGAGGAUCAAUGUGUGUAUUGAGCACAUCAAGCACUCAAAGAGCAGAGACAGCUUCCUGAAGCGGGUGAAGGAGAACGAUCAGAAGAAAAAGGAAGCCAAAGAGAAGGGCAUCUGGGUUCAGCUGAAGCGCCAGCCUGCGGCACCCAGAGAAGCCCACUUUGUGAGGACUAACGGAAAGGAGCCUGAGCUGCUGGAGCCCAUUCCAUACGAAUUCAUGGCCUAA